AUGACUUUCUGCAACGGUGCCACAAAUCAUAGCAACGGCUCGGAUUCGAAAUGCGCGGACAUUGCAAAUCCCCACAGCUCCAAGUUUACAACUUCCGGGAAUCCUAUCUCCCAAAAUUCAUCUAAAAUGAGCCCCAGUGCCCUUACAUCCCUUGAUAUAUGUCUGCAAGAGCUUUUCAACGAGAAUAUCACAUCCAAGAUCCUCCGUGCCGCCGACAGGUGUCUCGGAAACAACAAUCCCAUAACUGCAUAUCCAGAAUAUGUACCGCAGUCUGGCCCCGAUGCUGGAAAGUACUAUUGCCGCGAAGCAGAUUUCUGGACAUGCGGCUUCUUCCCCGGCUCGAUCUACCUUCUCAUCGAACGACUCAUCAAGUUUCCCCAGACCACAGGCCUAUCGGGGAGCACUUCUCUUGUUUUAAAAAAGUUCCGCGAGUUAGGCGAGACUUGGUCCGAGCCCAUUCAUGCGAUGAGUCUCCGUACCGACACACACGACAUGUCCUUCAUAAUCCAGCCAUCAAUGCGACCCCGCUGGGAGCUCUUCCACGACGAAAAAGCACUUUCAACCAUAACCACUGCCGCUGAAAGUCUUUACACGCGCUAUAGUCCUAAAGUUGGCGCGAUUCGUUCUUGGGACCAGUUGACGCAGAAGGGAGUCAACAUCACAUCCAUGGACCGGGAUUUCCUAGUCAUCAUCGAUUCAAUGUGCAACUUAGAUCUUCUCUAUUAUGCAGCAGCGCAUACCGGCAAUGAACGGUUCUCAGAAGCUGCAACAGCGCAUGCGCAUAAGCUCCUAGGAGCCCAUCUGCGCCACGAGACAGGGAUCUACUCCCACCGUGACGGGUAUGAAGGUCCUCUAUUCAGCACAGUCCAUGUCACCAACUUCGAUCCGUCGACUGGUGAUUUUAAAGAGUCUCGUACUGGCCAGGGGUACGCGAAAGAUUCGACUUGGGCACGUGGUCAGGCGUGGAGCAUCCUUGGUUAUGCGCAGACUUUCCAGUGGACGGGUCAUCAAGAGUUUCUCACUGCUGCUUGUGGACUGGCGGAAUACUUUCUUCUUCGACUGGAGAAGUCUCCAGACUGCGUUGAACGAAAGCUUCCAAUCGAUUCUGAGAAUAAGAGUUUGCCAUCAUGCACAUGUGUCCACGGACGUUUUGUUCCGCUCUGGGAUUUCGACGCUCCCAUCGACGAGACGAAUCCUCUUCGCGAUUCAUCAGCAGGUACCAUUGCGGCAAAUGGCAUGUUGAUUUUGGCGCAGAGUCUUCUUGCUCGUGGUGAAUAUGACAAGGGAAAUAGGUAUCUCACCUCCGCUAUUUUAUUGAUUGAAGAUGCCCUUGCUUUCUCCCUGGCUGAGACGGCCUGUAUGAAAAUACAGGGAGAUCGAGUAACUGUUGAAGAUACACAGCCUGGUGCAAGCUUUGAUGCCAUUCUGAAAAAUGCGACCGCGAAUUACAAUGCUCUUGACCAUCGCCGCUACUGGGAUCAUGGACUGGUAUAUGGCGAUUACUACUUGAUCGAAUUUGGAAACCGGUUGCUUCGUAUGGGUCUUGUCUGA